AAGAAUGAAAUGAGUAGGUGAAAAGACGUUUUAAGGCAGUCGCCGUCUUCAGAGGUUUCUUUACGUGAAGGUAAUUUUUUUGCAAGAGUCGGAGGAGGAUACGAAGGCGAGCCGUGCCAAUGGACUUCGAGAUGGGGAACAUGGUCUUCAUCGCUGGAGGGACACUGGUCAUUCCCAUCCUGGCUUUCAUGGCCUCCUUCCUUCUGUGGCCCUCAGCUCUGAUCAGGGUCUACUACUGGUACUGGAGAAGGGCCCUUGGCCUGCAGGUGCAUUAUGCAGACUGUGGAUCGUACCGGUUCUGUUACUCGACCAGAGGAAAGCCUGGGACCAGGCCCUCCAUUCUAAUGUUGCACGGUUUCUCCACUCACAAAGACAUGUGGUUGUCUGUGGCCAAGUUCCUGCCAAAACACCUGCAUCUUGUGUGUGUGGACAUGCCUGGACAUGAGGGCACUACACGCACAAAUGCAGAAGACUACUGUAUUGAGGGCCAGGUCAAGAGGAUACACCAGUUUGUAGAGAGUAUUCAGCUGAACAAGAAGCCCUUUCACCUGGUGGGCACGUCAAUGGGAGGCAACGUGGCUGGUGUGUAUGCUGCCCGCUACCCCGCAGACGUCUCCGGCCUCUCGCUCAUAUGUCCUGCAGGCCUGAAGCAACCCCAUGAGAGCAACUUUGUCAAGCAUCUUCGGGUCUUAGAGAAGACCCAGAACAUCCAAAGCAUCCCACUCAUCCCGUCCACCCCUCAGGAGAUGGAUGAUAUGAUAAAGUUGGUUUCCCAUAUCCGCUACAAGAUCCCCCAGCAGAUUCUUCAGGGAUUAGUGGAUGUUCGAAUUCCUCACAACGACUUCUACCGAGAAGCAUUCUUGGAGAUAGUAGGGGAGAACUCAAGAUACUCCUUACAUGAGAACAUGCACAUGAUCACAGCCCCAGUGCAAGUUAUUUGGGGAAAACAAGAUCAGGUGGUGGACGUCUCAGGUGCCUCGGUCCUGGAAGAAGCCCUGCCUGGAUGCCAGGUGGAGCUGUUGGAGAACUGUGGCCACUCUGUGCCAGUAGAGCGGCCUCGUAAGCUUGCCAAGCUUAUCAUGGACUUCCUCAUAGCCCAGCAGAACGUAAGCAAUGGAAGCAGCAAGAAGCUCUCCUGAGACGGCCCUGGAGAGUAAUAUUAUCUGUACAUAAUUUUUCUGUUCCAGUCACCUCUCAGGGAGUCACCCCCCUCCUCUCCGUCGUCCUUCUUUGUGGUGUUAACAUGGAGAGGGCCAUGCACAGUAUUUUUGGGCAUUUCUGGCACUUUAUUGUGACAGUAGAUCUUAUGAAUCAAGGACACUGAUUAUUUAAAAUGUGCCACAUUUACCUCCUUUGGCUUUUUUUCCUGACAGUACGUUUCACAGAGUGGUCUUGUCUGACUUAUAUGUGCAUAUUUUUAAUCUUGUCAUUCCUAUUGAAUAUGAUAUUCACAGACAUUCAUAG